UUGGCUAAGGGUCCAGGGUCCGUCCUGAAUAAGGGCGGACGGUAAUUCGGUGCGAGUUUGAGGCCUUUGUGCACAAUACUCCCACAAGUGUUGGAAGCAGGCUGUCUCGGAUCUGUCCUUUACCAAUUGGUGUGAGCUGCCGCUAACGGGCGUCCCUGAAUUUGCCGAUGCCUGAGGGCCUGUAAUCGGCCUCGUUUCGAUUCGUACCGCGUGUCUUUGCGAUCAUUCGCGACUUCACACAAAUGGACUUUCCGGCACCCAUGACCCCGGAUGACCUUUCGGUCGGGGAUGUUUUCAGCCCACAGGCUGACAUGUCGCACUCUCGCCCGGACCAGACCAUGAGCGAUGGUCAGGAAACCGGCUUCCGAAUCAGUGCCCGUAGUCCUGAUCGCCAGGCUGCAUUGAAUGGUCCCGCGGGUGUCAAUGGCGGCAAGCCUUUUCCUGCGCCGGCCUUGAACGGAAACCUCCUGGCCGGCAAGGCAGACCGUCGGAAGAAGAAGAAAAAGCAGGCCGCGCCAGCUGUGGCACCGGCCCUCUCGACCGUGCGCGGAUUCACUCCUCGCGGCUCUGGCGACGAGGACUCGGAUCGCUCGGCCUGCAGCUCGCGCGCUCCGAGCUCACGUCCCCCCGCGCCUACCGGGACUGGCCCUAGCAGCCCGCUGGUGCAACCUGCGACCGGGUGCGGGGUGAGCGCCCUGAAGCUCCAGCUGGAUUCGAUGAGCCUGUCCGGGCAGGGUGCCCGCUCGGAGACGCCCAGCAACGCUAGCGUCUGCUCGGAUAGUGACCAAACGGAGGUUCUGACCAGCUACGAGGUGCCGUUGGACCACGACUACGUCAGCGCCGAUGCGGUAGAGGAGGAGAAAUCGCAACAGGCAUCGAACGGGCGCGCCGUGCGCACUGAGCUGUGUCGCAAGAUGACGACCGACGACUUUGAGCCCCUGCUGUGCCUAGGCAAGGGAUCUUUCGGAACGGUCCUGCUGGUGCGUCACGUGCUGACGGGGAAGCUGUAUGCGCAGAAGCAGUUUCGUAAGGCGUCAAUCACCGUUCACAAAAAGCUAGUGGAGCAGACCAAGACCGAGCGCAUGAUUCUGGAGAGCGUCAACCGCCACCCGUUCGUGGUGAAGCUGUUCUAUGCAUUCCAGGAUCACGAGAAGCUGUACCUCAUCCUGGAGUACGCCGAAGGCGGAGAGCUGUUCCACCAUCUGGCCCUGGAGCGCAUGUUCGACGAGGAUGCGGCUGCCUUCUACAUGGCGCAGAUGGUGCUGGCGCUGGAGCAUCUGCACCAGACUGUCGGGGUGAUCUACCGGGAUCUUAAGCCGGAGAAUUGUCUGCUGGACAAGGAAGGCCACCUUCUCUUGACGGAUUUUGGGUUGAGCAAAAUUGCUGUCAGUGAUGACGACCGCUGCAACUCGUCUCUAGGGACUAUCGAGUACAUGGCACCGGAGGUCAUUCAGGGGAAACCGUACGGCAAGGCCUGCGACUGGUGGUCCCUGGGCGCCCUGGGGUAUGACUUGUUGACCGGAUCGCCGCCCUUCAGAGCGAACAACAACGCCAAGCUGCAGGAGAAAAUCCUGAAGCAGAAACUAGCGCUGCCCUACUUUCUGGGACCGGAUGCCAAGGAUCUGCUGACGCGCCUCCUCCGGAAGGAGCCGUCGAAGCGUCUGGGCUAUCACAUGCCCAAGGAUCUGCAGACGAUCAAAAGCCACCGGUUUUUCCGGAAAAUCGACUGGAAAGCGCUGGAGCGGCGCGAGGUGACUCCGCCGAUCAACCCGGUGGUCACGGAUCCGGCGCUGGCGGAGAACUUCUCGGUGGACUUUACGCAGUUGCCGCUGAGUCCGAUCAUUCAUGGGUUCGACGAACGCUAUCAGGCGUCUCAGGCCGCUGUUCCGGCGGUGUCAUUGGGGUUGGGGGAGAGCAAUCCGUUUGGAGGGUUUAGUUUUGUGGCACCGAGCAGUUUGCUGGACAAGGCGAUUGGGGUAUGAGUGAUAUGAGGGUGACCCGGGUGAAACCGCUAGUUAGACUACAUUCUGCAUAGUUCAUGGUAGCCGAAUUGCAUAGGAAGUUAAGAUACAUCGUUAAUCCUAC